AUGAUCCUACCCGCAGAGGAAGAUGGAUGUUACUUUGUGGUGGCCCGUCAGCGCUAUCUUCCCCUUGCGAUGAAUGUGCUCGACAACCUGCCGUCUUUUCUUCAGUUCCACCUUGGCGAGUCGUCGUUCCUUAAUUUCAUCCAAGUUAUCAAGAACUGGUCAGCUACCGACCUCGCCUACCAGAAUCGAAAGCUUCAUGUUGAAUGGGUCCCUUCAGAGCUUCGCUCCCGCUGUAUUGAGGACCCUACCAACGAUCAAGGUCCUCAAGUCCGCGACUCCAUGGACUUCCUUCUCUGCAUGGAAGACCCCGUGGAGAUUCUUGAGGGCACCCACAUCGGCAUCCACGCCAAACAUGUUUGGGACGUGGACGAUGGCUUUUCCAUGAUUGGUUACCUCGACAACUGGAACGAGAAUCAGGCUCAACUCCAGACCGCUCUUCAGACCAUCGAGACCAUUACUGACGAGAAGAACAGUCUGAACCGUGACCUAUAG